AAAUCAUAAUGCAAUACUAGAAAGUUCUCAAGAACCAUAUAUUUGGCCAUCGGUCGCUGCAACUUCUCGCAGAUAUCUCCGUAUUCGAUACUCACUCCUUCCAUACUAUUACACACUCUUCUAUGAAUCUCAUACCAAUGGAUCCAUGGUUCUACGGCCUCUGUUUGUUGAAUUUCCACAUAUUAAAUCAGCAUUAAUAGUUGACAAGCAAUUUAUGCUUGGUGGAGGAAUAUUAGUGUCACCUGUAUUAUCGCCACUAAAAGUAGAGGUGAAAGGCGCUUACAUACCACCCGGAAUAUGGUAUAACUUUUAUUCACACGACAUAAGCUUUGAAGUUCAUGACAAUUCAGGCAUACAUUCUGAUAUUUAUGCACCUUUAAAUGAGAUGCCAAUACAUUUGAGGGGCGGGCAUAUUAUACCAAUGCAACGUCCCAGAAUGACCACAGCACAAAGCAGGAAGACGAAUUAUUAUUUAACAAUUCCAUUGGAUGAGAACGCAAGUGCUAAAGGAACAUUGUAUCUUGAUGAUGGUGAAAGUUUAGAUGUUAAAGACAAGUAUACUUAUAUCUCAUAUAUCGCGUAUAAUCAAAGUACUUUGAUUGCGGACGUUAAAUGGUGUGGAUACGAUGAUGAAAAGUCAGCAAAGGGUGAUGUCGAUUAUAGCGAUAAUGAUAUAAAUAGUAGUGAUGGCGGUUUAUGGGUAAUUGAUAAUAUGGGAAAAUUAACUUUCUUUGGAUUACAAUUAAGCAUGUGUUCAGGAUGGAAUUUGACGUGGGUCUUAGAAUAA